CUUUUAUUUAACUCACUAGAAAAUCUCUCUCAGCUCUUUCAUAUUUAAUUAACUUCUUAUCUUCUCGGAGCCCGAGUCUUACUCAGAGUUCCUAAGCUGUCAUAGAAGUAUUUGUUCCCGUGUUCAUUUGAGGCAGAAGACUUUUCUCCCAUGAGAUGGUAGAAAAGUUAGAAAUAAUUCAACCCUGGAGACACUGAGAUUCCACUGUCUGAAAGAGACCCAACUCCUCGUCACACCAUGGUGGAUGUGAAGUGUCUGAGGGACUAUGAGUUACAGCAUGAACUUAGUAAGCUCGGAUUCUCACCUGGACCAAUACUCCCUUCCACCAGAAAAGUGUAUGAAAAAAAGUUAGUGCAGCUGUUGGUCUCACCUCCCUGUACACCACCUGUGAUGAAUGGACCUGAGGGGCUGAACGGAGCUCAGGAUGAUGACGGCAGUAAAGAGCUUAAUGCCACUAUCAUUUUGAAAGGAAAUAUCAUUCUCUCAUCAGAAAAAAACAAGGGACCCAAAAAACUGUCACAGGCCCUUGCACAGAGUAGGAGCCCAGAGCUAACCCCAGUGCAUCUACCAAACAGCUCUAGCGACAAACAGAGACUCGAGACUUCCAUCACCAAACCAAAAGCCCUAGAUAUCAACUGCCUGGCUUAUAAGCAUUCUGAGGGAAUAAGGUUACCCACGAGAGCAUCAAACACCAGAUGCAGAGGACGCAGCACCCGAGAGACCGCCGACUGCCCCGUGAACAGGAGUUUUGGGUACGGGAACCUAGAAAUUCUUCCCAUGGGCUUGAAGUUCGCUGUGCUUGGUAUCUUCAUCAUUGUCGUCUUUGUCUACAUAACGGUGGAAAGGAAGCCGUUCUUUGGCUAAGUGCUUUAGGAACAGAGCAGGGAGGGAGCAGCUGAGCGCGGCUCCAAGCCCUCCAGCUGCAGGAAAGAACAGAAAGACUGCUCCAACGGGGUCACCCAGCCCCACAGCCAGGUCGCUUUCCACUGUGCUGCUGCUCUCACAAAUCCGUACCCAGGCUCAGGAUUUCAAAGCCGAGGGGGCCUUACGUGCUGUCUGGUUCACCACUGUGUUUCAGGAUAAGGAACUAGGCCGGGGAGGUAGAGGACAAUGCCAAAAGUCGAAAUGAACGAAAACCAGCAUCCACUGUGGUGGGAACAAGGGACAGAAUGGGGCACUCCUGUCGAGGAGCUUGGGCAUAAGGAGUCCCCUGGGUCGUGCUGGCCAUCAAUAAAACCGCCGCCACAUUUGAGCAUACUUCCAAAAAGAAAACUGUGCCUUGCGUUUUUCUUUUGAACUACAGGGCUAAGCCCGUAGGUCCCACUUUAUUC